AUGGCAGACCAGAUUCAAUCCUCGGGCCCUGGCCCGGCUCGGAACAUCGAGGCCCAGAGCGCCUUUGCGUCGACCCUGGUGGCGGACGUUGAGAAGGCGCCGCACGCGAAGGAGGAGCCCUCGGAGAAACAGCACACCAAUGUGUAUGGGUCGGUGAUCGAGACGCCCACGGCCGUGGCUGGGACGGAUGCCGUGUAUGCGGCCAAGGCGGCGCUGCUGAACCAGGCGCUGCUGGACAUGGGCAUGGGAAGGUACCAGUGGCUGCUGUUUUUGAUUACCAGCGUGGGAUGGUUUCUUGAUAGUUUCUGGCUGAUGUCCUUCACGGUCAUCGCCCCCUCCAGCGCCAACGAAGCCCAGUUCUUCUACACCGAUAACAAGGAGAUGUACCUGUUCAUCAGCCUGUACGUCGGCCUCGCCACGGGGGCUACCGCCUGGCCGUGGAUGUCCGACUUCCUCGGCCGCAAGUGGAUCUUCACGAGCACGCUGGUCCUGAUGGGCAUGGGUGGGCUGGUUGGCGCGGGCAUGCCGGCCUUCACGGGGCUGUGUGUCGUUGGCUUCGUUGUCGGCUUCGCAGUGGCUGGCAACCAGGUCGUGGACGCCAUGAUCCUCCUGGAGUCUCUGCCCGCCUCGCACCAGUUCCUCGUCUCCAUGCAGGGUGCCCUCUGGGGACUGGGACAGCUUGUCGCUUCGGCAGUCGGAUGUUCGUCCCCCACCUCGACCACCUCCUGCCACUACGUCUCCAACAAAGGCUGGCGCUACGUCUGGUGGACCUUCGGCUGCAUGACCCUCUUCCUCUACCUCUGCCGCUUCGCCUUCCCCCUCCGCGAAACCCCGAAAUACCUACUCUCGCGGCGCCGCGACGCCGAAGCCACCCAACUCGUCAAAGACAUGGCGGCCUACAGCAAGCGCCAGACCUGGCUGAACGAGUCAUCGUUCGCGCGCAUCGACUCGACCGUGGACGCGAGCGCGCGGCGCCACUCACGCACCAAAUCCCUCCUUGCGUCUGCCGGGGCGAUCGGCCUCCUGGUCCUGUGUCUGCUGUGGUCUGCCACCGGACUGACCUUCAUUCUGCACAAGACCUACGUCGCCAAGUACCUCGCCACGAAGGGCGUGGAUGUCGUGACCGCGACGACCGUGACCACGGGGUAUCUCUACGCGCGGUAUUUGUACAUCUCCCUCUGCGCGAUCCCGGGGCCGAUCGUCGUGGGGUUCUUGGUGGAGGCGAAGGGGUUGGGACGGAAGCGCACCGGGGCGAUGGUGGCGGUGUUGACGGGGCUGUUUAUGUUUCUGGCCACGGUGGCGAGGUCCAGAGAUGCGUUGUUGGCGUUUGAGUGCGUGUUGGCGUUUUUGCAGGCCAGUACCAUGGCGGUGUUGGUGAACUAUACCGUCGAGGUGUUUGCGACCCCGUUUCGGGGGUUGGGGCUGGGCGUUGUGGGCUUGUGCUGGGGCGUGUUUGGGUUGCUCGGCCAGGUGGUCGCCACGUUUGAUGCCAGUGUGGCGGGCGGUGCGGCCGUCUGGUUUUGUGGUGCCCUUUGGGUGGUGUUGGGGGGAGCUUGGUGGCUGGUGCCGGAGACCAGGGGGAGGGCGGCGGCUUAG